CUUUUCCACCCCAAGGCACGACAAAAGGGAUGCCUCGGUGCAUUAGACAACACAUAUAUUAGUGUGUUGGUGCCCAAUAUUGACAAGGCCAGGUAUAGAACACGUAAGGGCCAGAUCGCGACCAACAUGCUAGGAGUAUGUGAUCGCAAUAUGAAGUUUGUGUAUUCACUGCCGGGUUGGGAGGGCUCAGCUGCUGAUUCACGCGUACUCCGGGAUGCAGUCAACAGGCGACAUGGAUUUAGAGUCCCCCGCGGGAACUAUUAUUUGGUAGAUUGUGGCUAUGCAAACAGCGAAGGCUUUCUAGCACCGUAUAAGGGAGUCCGUUACCAUUUGAAGGAGUGGGGGCCUACUAAUUCAAGGCCACAAAAUGCUGAGGAGUUGUUUAACCUACGACAUGCUAAGGCUCGGAAUGUUAUUGAGCGUGCAUUUGGGAUCAUAAAGAUGCGGUGGGCUGCACUGAGAAGUACAACUUAUUAUCCGAUCAAAGUCCAAGUUAGGCUAAUCAUGGCGUGCGUUCUUCUUGAAAACUUCAUUCGUUCCAACAUGGCAGUUGAUCCGAUCGAGCAGCAGUACGAUCUUCUUCUCCAAGACCUCGAGAACACCAAUGACGACCAGGAGGAUUUCGUUGACACAAUUGAAUCAUCUCAAUGGUGGAACGCGGACAGGGAUGUCUUCGCUCAAACAAUGUGGCAGCAAUAUUUACAUGCUAUGAAUUAA